ACCCCCUAACCCCAGGCGUCAUGGCUGCUUCAAAUCCGUCGACACUCCUUCCUCUCGAGUUGGUGGACAAAUGCAUAGGCUCACGCAUCCACAUCAUCAUGAAGAGUGACAAGGAGAUCGUUGGCACUCUCUUGGGCUUUGACGACUUUGUGAACAUGGUGCUGGAGGAUGUAACGGAAUACGAGAGCACCCCAGAGGGCAGAAGAAUCACACAGUUGGAUCAGAUCCUCCUGAAUGGAAAUCACAUAACGAUGCUUGUCCCUGGAGGUGCGGAAAUGGUCGACUAGUCCCUUCCAAGCUCAUGAUGUCUUCAAGUCGCUUGGCAUCAAUACAGAGUCCACGUCAUUGCUAAAAUUUCUGAUCCCAUAAAAAUAAUUGCGGAUGAAAAGGCAGUGAACGGAUUUGUAAGCGUCUUUUUGAAGUCAUUAUGUUAGCUGUCAAACAAUUUUUAUGUUGUUAAUUUGAAUUAUUUAUUCAGAAAAAUGUGUCUGAAUUUCUUAUAUUGCAAAUCUCUUGUUUUAAUUUACCGAGAAUACUGAAGGAGUUUAUUGUUUUAUAGUGAUGGAUGUACUUGGCAUAUCUUCAGUUAAGUACAAUGUUCUUCACUCAAUUUUAUAUAUAUAUCUUCUAAUCAGCAAUGAGACUGAUUUAUUUAUAACAGGCUCCAUAUUUUUUGCUAUAGAAUGUCAUCCCAUGUUUGCAGAAAAUAGUCUUUGUACAAUGAAUUGAUACAAAAUGUCAAUCUCUGGCUGUGUUUUAUAUGAAAUACAGAUACUUUAAUAAAUGGU